GUAGUCCCCUUUCCCGGCUUCCUCCGAGGCGUUCCCACGCCGACGCUCCGGGUGUUUUUGCUGAGAUCUAGGCGGCUUCACUCUUCGCGUCAGCAAGCGACCGAGGCGAUGGCAGCCCAGAAGAUCAACGAGGGGCUGGAGCAUCUGGCCAAGGCAGAGAAGUACCUGAAAACUGGUUUUUUGAAGUGGAAGCCAGAUUAUGACAGUGCCGCUUCUGAAUAUGGGAAAGCAGCUGUUGCUUUUAAAAAUGCCAAACAAUUUGAGCAAGCAAAGGAUGCCUGCCUCCGGGAAGCUGUUGCCCAUGAAAAUAACAGGGCUCUUUUUCAUGCUGCCAAAGCUUAUGAGCAAGCUGGCAUGAUGCUGAAGGAGAUGCAGAAGCUGCCUGAGGCAGUGCAGCUGAUCGAGAAAGCCAGCAUGAUGUACCUGGAGAACGGCACCCCGGACACAGCAGCCAUGGCCCUGGAGCGAGCCGGAAAGCUCAUAGAGAAUGUAGACCCAGAGAAGGCUGUACAGCUGUAUCAGCAGACUGCCAAUGUUUUUGAAAAUGAGGAGCGCCUCCGACAGGCAGUUGAACUCCUAGGAAAGGCCUCCAGACUGCUGGUACGAGGGCGGAGGUUUGAUGAAGCUGCACUGUCUAUUCAGAAAGAAAAAAAUAUUUACAAGGAAAUUGAGAACUACCCAACUUGUUAUAAGGUUGAGUUCUGGUCUCCAGCUGAAAGAACUGGCACGGGAACCAAGAGAACAGGAACAGAUCCCAGGGAGGAGGAGCACUUGGGAAAAGGGAAUCCCCUAUGUGUGUGGCCCACACAAAUCUUGGCCGUGGGUACCUGGGACAGACCCAAGAAAACAAUUGCUCAGGUCUUAGUUCAUCUACACAGAAAUGACUAUGUGGCUGCAGAGAGGUGUGUCAGGGAGAGCUACAGCAUACCAGGCUUUAACGGCAGUGAGGACUGUGCGGCGCUGGAGCAGCUCCUGGAGGGCUACGACCAGCAGGACCAAGACCAAGUGUCCGAGGUCUGCAACUCGCCCCUUUUCAAAUACAUGGACAAUGAUUACGCUAAGCUGGGCCUAAGCUUGGUGGUCCCAGGAGGAGGAAUCAAGAAGAAGUCCCCUGCGACACCCCAGGCCAAGCCUGAUGGUGCUGCCGGCAUGGCUGCUGAAGAGGAGGAAGACGAGUACUCGGGAGGCCUGUGCUAGUACCCUGCCUGAGGAGAUGAGGAGAUGAGGAGACGGGAAUCCUGACACGCCGUUUUCGUGGAAUUAGGACUCAUUUUGUGGGCAUCUGCUUCACUGAAAUCCUGACGUUGAAUGUUAAUAUAUAUGAAGUUUCAUUUCCCCAAACCAGCCAUUGUAUCUACUACCUGUGAAGCAGUUUUUCCUUUCCAUUGCAAGCAGAAAACACUGUCAUAUUUUAAUAAUGAUUUUAAGAUCUAUAGGCCAAAUUCUAGAUAAAUUAUAUCAUAAGUAAAGCAGGAAAUAGGUAUACUUAGUCUUUUCUCUUGGGUUCUUGUAAUUUAUUGUUAGAUAAUUUUCUUUGCAUUUUAUUUAAUGUCACUUCUAAACGUGCUGGGGUUUUGGUAAAAAAUAAUAAUUUCAAACUGGUCUGGUUCUUUCGAUGUUGUCACUUGGUGCCCACUCAUGUCCCCACUAAGAGUGUCAGCAGUUCCAAAGAGAGAGGCAGACAGCAGGUCCUCAGCGGACACUCCUCCAGACUCUUCAUUAGAUGUCUGACUGAGGAGACGGUGCAUGGCGCCACCUGACCCUGCUCAUGCGACCAUUGAUGGUCACAGAGCCAGUGGGAGCGUGGUUGUUCCCUCACAGGCUGUUUACAUGUGUGUGGAGGAUCAGGCCCAGAUUGGACGUGCUACUCAGUGACCUAGAAAUGGCACUGUCAGCUCCUCCCAUUCUCUCUGUCCACUUGCAUUGUACCCGAGCCUUGUUGGCACCAUGGACCAUGAAGAGGCAGAACAAAAACACGAGAGACUCUUUUUCUAGGAAUAUAAACCAUAAGAAUAAACAACAUACUUCAAUGGAGUGGGGCCUUGUCUCAAGGUAAAAAAGAAAUUUAUCCGUCAGCAUAUUAGAUACAUUCAAAUUGUUGAGUCUUUUCGGAAACAAGCUUUGGACAAAAGCUUUAUAAUUUUUAGCUCAGUAGCCCUUGUGUGUGACUAUAAAAUAUGGAAGGUAGCAUAUUAAAGUGCUGUUGUAAAUGUCUUCAGCCCUCCCAAAAAAAGUAUUGCUUUUUCUUUUUUCUUAACAACAAAAAGUAUGACUGUUCAAACCUACUUGGCUCUUGACCAAAAUAGGACUAGGUAAGACUAUUUAUAUUUAUCUAGAAUGACAGGUGACGUUCCUGCCAAUCUAGUGUGCAUGCAUUUCUUACCUCCAAAGUAAUUUUGGUUUGGAGUUAAUAAUUUAACAUGAGUUAUGCUAGGUACUGCAAAAAAUAAAAAGUUAGCCAGGAGGGAAAAAACUGGUUUUAAAAGACAUACUUUUGGACUGGGUUACCAGUCUUUCAUACUGCACAGUUCGCCCAUGGCUAUUUCCUAAAAGUUAGUUUUGAAGCAUUCCUCUUUUUACCCUGUAUGGCUAAGGCCCAUUCAUGCUUCGUGAACUGACGAGGUUGCAAGCAGUAGUGCAUGCUAGAGAGUAGUGCUGAAUGGAAUAGGACUGUCACCACACUCCACCAUGAAUAAAGCAUGCUUAGUCAUGCUAGAUUCCUGAACCCUAGGAAAAGCAUUGCUACGGUACUGGUCCCCUUGUUGUGGGAGUGCUCCUACAGAUUGGCAUCCUCUGCCAGGUGGGCUUGAGUGGCUGGGUGUCUCUGAACAAUCCCUGUGCAGAUUACAGGUCUGACACAAAACACUAAUGCAAGGUUUAUGCUUUCCCCUAAGUUACCUGCACCGGUCUUUUGGUCACCAGCUUAUUCUCUUUAAUUACAUUGAGAUUAUGAAUAAAGUGGUCUUCCAAAUUUGUAUUUAAAAAGGGAAUUGGUAUUUCCAAGAUCAAUAUUAUGUUUCAAUCCAACCAGAAAUACUGGUGCUUGUUGAAGCAAAUUAGCAGACUUUUAAAAUAUAUUUGGCAGUACUCAAAAGUUACUUUAGACUGUGUUAUGGCCCAGGUUAUUCAAUAAAACCGUGUGGAGGGUCGGUUUUACUUGUAUCCACCAUAAACAGCAAUUCUCAACGCACUCUGAAGCAACAGUGAGCUUGGUUUUAAACAGCAGAGUAUUUAGGCAGUGCCCGCCUCCCGCCACCCCCAUCAGGAGCCAGCGUGCAGGAUUCAGGUUAUUUUGCUUGGUGUCUCAGGAACAUUUGUCCCUCGUGUGCACUUUUUAUUUUUCUACUUGUAUUAAGUCUUCGUUCUUGUGAGCUUAGUCAGAAAUGGAAAACGUGGUCUUCACAGCAAGCAGCGCUCUCGCGCCCUCCCUAGGAAAGCCUGCAUGGGUUUGCUCAGACUCACCUAGUGUUUAGUGCCCUUCUGUGUUGAGUGAAGUCAGCCAGCAGAGCACAUUUAAUAUAUUGAAUUUGUAAAUAUGCAGAGUAUAGUAUUUGUGUAUGGAAUCUGUGCAUUAUCAUAUUUUUUCAGCUUUUUUGGUGAAUAAGAUAUUAAUAUGUCGUCAAUGGAAAUUAGAUGAUUGCUUCUGAAGGAAGAUAAUUAUGAAAAUAAAACCCAAGACUCUGUGAA